AUGGACAAGUUCCGGAUGAUCUUCCAGUUCCUGCAGUCCAACCAGGAGUCCUUCAUGAACGGCAUCUGCGGCAUCAUGGCCCUGGCCAGUGCCCAGAUGUACUCGGCCUUUGACUUUAACUGCCCCUGCCUGCCGGGCUACAAUGCGGCCUACAGCGCAGGCAUCCUGCUGGCGCCACCCCUGGUGCUCUUCCUUCUUGGCCUGGUCAUGAACAACAACGUGUCCAUGCUGGCCGAAGAGUGGAAGCGGCCGCCGGGCCGCCGGGCCAAGGACCCCGCUGUGUUGCGCUACAUGUUCUGCUCCAUGGCCCAGCGCGCCCUCAUCGCGCCUGUUGUCUGGGUGGCCGUCACACUGCUCGACGGCAAAUGCUUCCUCUGUGCCUUCUGCACUGCCGUGCCCGUGACCGCACUGGGCAACGGCAGCCUGGCACCCGGUCUACCUGCCCCUGAGCUCGCCCGCCUGCUGGCCCGGGUGCCCUGCCCUGAGAUCUACGAUGGCGACUGGCUGCUGGCCCGAGAGGUGGCCGUGCGCUACCUCCGCUGCAUCUCCCAGGCGCUAGGCUGGUCCUUCGUGCUGCUGACCACACUGCUGGCAUUCGUGGUGCGCUCUGUGCGGCCCUGCUUCACGCAGGCCGCCUUCCUCAAGAGCAAGUACUGGUCCCACUAUAUCGACAUCGAGCGCAAGCUCUUCGACGAGACAUGCACGGAGCACGCCAAGGCCUUCGCCAAGGUCUGCAUCCAGCAGUUCUUCGAGGCCAUGAACCAUGACCUGGAGCUGGGUCACACCCAUGGGACACUGGCCACGGCCCCUGCUUCCGCAGCUGCCCCCACACCCCCCGAUGGUGCGGAGGAGGAAAGGGAGAAGCUGCGUGGCAUCACGGAUCAAGGCACCAUGAACAGGCUACUCACAAGCUGGCACAAAUGCAAACCACCUCUGCAGCUGGGCAGGGGGGAGCCACCGCUGAUGGGCAAUGGCUGGGCUGGGGGCGGGCCCCGGCCUCCGCGCAAGGAGGUGGCCACCUACUUUAGCAAAGUAUGA